AUGACUGAAGCUAUAUUAUCAAAUCGUUUACAUGAUAUUGAAGAAGAAUUAAAAUCUGAACGUGAUGUUCGAUAUCGUCAAGAAAAAGAAUUAACAAAUUUACGUUUGGAUUUUGAUGAUAUCGAAGCACAACUAGAUGAAACUUCUAGUGCACGUGAUAGAGAAAUUGAAGCUAAUAAACGUUUAAAACAAGAAAUUCAUGAUUUACGUCAAAAACUUGAACUUCAAUCAACUGAAAACGACGAAAAUCAAAAUACAAUUCGUCGUCGUUUUCAAGACACAGUUACUGAAUUAACAAGUCAAGUUGAAGCAUUAAGCAAAGGAAAAUCAAGACAUGAAAAAGAAAAUAAAAAUUUUCUUAAUGAAAUUGAAGAUUUAAAAAAUGAGAUUGAAUCAUUAGCAAAAGGUAAAAGUCAAGCUGUAUCAGUUAGUAAAGAACUUGAAGCAAAAUUAAUUGAAAUGAAUGGAAAAGUUGAUGAUGCUAUUCGACAAUUAACUGAAGCUACUUCAGCAAAAGCUCAUCUUGUUGAAGAAAAUUUAACAUUUAGUCGUCGUCUUGAAUCAUUUGAAUAUGAAUUAACAUCAUUACAAACCGCAUAUAAACGAGCAACAGGUGAUCUUGAAGAAGCAAGACUUCAUUUAGAAUCGGAAAUGGCUACAAACCGAACAUUACAAUCAACAGUAAAAACAUUUCAAAUGGAUUUAGAAUCAACAAGAUUACAACUCGAUGAUGAAAUUGAUGCUAAAGUUGAAUUACAAAAACUUUUAAUUAAAAUUCAAGAAGAAGCAAGAAUUCAACGAGAUCGUUUAGAAAGAGAUAUCGAAGGAAAAAAUGAAGAAAUUGAAGAUCAACGACGUAAAUUAAAUGGACGUAUUAAUGAAGUUCAAGAGCAACUCACAGAAGUUUUAGCUAAAGCGAGUAAUUUAGAUAAAACAAAACAACGUCUCCAAGGUGAAUUAGAUAAAAUCAGUGGUGAAACUGAAAAAUAUCGUAAACGAGCUGAUGAAGCAACUCGAUUAAAUAAACAAUUAGAAAAAGAAACUACUGAAUCUCGUCAACGUGUAAAUCAAGUAACUGCUGAACUUGAAUCAGCUGUACAAGCAAAUCGUAAUUAUCAAAGUGAAUUAAUGAAAGUUAAAAGUUUAAAUGAUCAACUUACGGAACAAAUUGAAAUUAUUACACGUGACAAACGUCGUUUUCAAGAUGAAAUGGAUGUUUUAUUAAAUCAAAUGUCUGACUUGAAUACACGUAUUGUCGAUAUGGAUCGUAUUCGUAAACAACUUGAAGCUGAAAAAUUAUCAUUAUGUUCAACAAUUGAUGAAUAUCGUGAACAAAUACAUAUUGAAAUAACAAAAUAUAAUGUAUUAAAUGCUUCAAUUGAUAAAAUGCGUGGUGAUUUAGAAAAGAAAUUAGCUGCCAAAGAAGAAGAACUUGAAGAUUUUCGAUCUAAUCAACGAAAACAAAUCGAACAAAUACAAUCACAAAUGGAAGAAAAUGAAGUACGUUAUAAAACUGAUCUCAGUCGUAUUAAAUCAAAAUUACAAAAUGAACUUGAUGAAACACGUAUCCGUUAUGACGCACUUAAGAAAUCAAGAGGUGACUUGGAAAAUCAAAUAAAAAAACUUCAAAAUAAUCUUAAAGAUGCACAAGAUCGUCUUAUUGAAGAACAAACAACACAUAGUGCAACAAGAGAUUUACUUAGCGGAUCAGAAAAACGAUUUGGUCUUUUUCAUUCAGAAAUUGAAGAAUUACGUAGUUUCCUCGAUCGUAGUGAAAAAGCUCGUAAAACAACUGAACUUGAAUUACACGAUUCAGAACAACGAUUAAGUGAAGCAUCAACAUUAGCUAAUCGGGCUAUUGGAGAACGAAAGAAAUUUGAAGCAGAUGCUAUGCAAUAUCAUGGAGAAAUUUCUGGUGUUCGACAAGAACUUAAGAGUGCUGAAGAACGGGUAAGAAAAUUAGCUGCUGAAUUAAUUCAUCGUGAUGAAGAAAUUCGUCAUGAACGUGAAAAAACAGCUGAAGCUGAAGCAUCAAAACGAGCAUUUGACCAACAAUUACGUGAAUGUAAUGCUAAGAUCGAUGAAGCUGAAGCUUAUGCUCGUGCUGAAGGAAAACGUAUUGCAGUUAAAUAUGAAGGACGACUUACACAACUUGAAACAGAAAUUGAUUUAGAACGCGCACGUUAUCAAGAACUUCUUAAAGAAUUACGUCGUAAUGAAAGACGUGUUAAAGAAUUAUUAAGUCAAGUUGAUGAAGAACAAGCUAAGAUUCUUUCACUUACUGAUACAUUAGGCAAAACAAACGAUAAAAUGCGUAUAUAUAAAUCACAAAUUGAAAGUGCUGAAUCAUCAGCUGCACAAGUAUUAACACGUGCUCGUCGUCUUGAACGAGAACUUGAAGAUGCCGAAAAUCGUGCUGAAGUUGUUACAACAACUUUAAUUCGUUCACGAUCUGUUCAUCGUAGUGAUUAUUAA